AUGUCACCAAUGGAAGGAAGUAUCGAAUCAGUGACGACCAAACUCGAAGAGUUGAUGGUGGCCGACUUCAAGGGCCGUGAAAAGGAGAGGCUUCAGCUACUGAAUAGUGCGCGGAAGAUGAUCAGUCGCGUGGAAACACUCGAGGAGAGGUUUCAUAACAUCUCUUUCUUGGAACCCAUAGUAUUUGCAACACUGAAAAUUAGCCUGGACUUAGGCCUUUGGAAAGGGUGGGUGGCAGCAGGAGGCGGCGAAAAGUCGCUCGAGGAGUUGGCCAAGCUGACAGAAAAGGAGUGCGAUUUGAACCUGCUUGGUCGCUCACUCCGCCUACUGGGAGCCGCGCACAUCAUAGAGGAGACGGGCGAGGAUCGAUACAAACUUACUCAAUUCUCGCAAGCAUUGGGCGAUGACUCUAUUAGAGUCUCGGGAGCCAUGCUAGCCAGGCCGUACCACUGGGAGGUGUGUAGUACGAAUUUGCCAUCAUUUUUGGCGAAGACAUCGUAUCGAGAGCCUCGAGAUCCGAGAGUGUCUGCUUAUAGUGAUGGAAACCCGGAAGGACUGGCGUUCUUUGAGAGAUGCAUGGCGAACCCGGAGUAUCAGGAAGGUUUCAGUAGCUCCAUGACUGAAUGGUCCAAGUAUAAGACGCCAUGGCCGCAAUACUACGACACGGAAACCUUGAUCCAGGGCGCUGAUCUCUUCUCGGGGGCACCAUUAGUGGUCGAUCUAGGUGGCCAUCAUGGCAUUGACCUAUUCAGGUUUCUGGACAAACAUCCGGAUGUGCCAGCUGGUUCCUUGGUCCUGCAAGACCUUGACGAUGUCAUCGCGGGGGCGAAUAUUACCACAGAUAAGAUCAAACCCAUGGUGCAUAGCUUAUUUGAACCCCAGCCCGUCCACGGCAAUCGGGCGUACUUCUUCCACUGUGUAUUUCACGACUGGCCGGACCAAGUGGCAGUGCAAAUUCUGAAGAAUAUCAAGCCGGCGAUGAAGAAGGGGUAUUCAAAGAUUCUUAUCAGUGACAUCGUGAUUCCACGUACAGGGGCUACAAUCUACCAGACUGGAAUGGACAUGAACAUGUUGGGGCUCUUCUCUGCUUGUGAGAGAACGGAAGCAGCAUGGACCAAGUUGAUAGAGGACGCUGGAUUGAAACUGGUCAAGAUUUGGAUAGACAGUCGGGACUUUGAGGGGAUUAUUGAGGCAGAGUUGCCGUGAUUGGGAGUUUUUGGUAGUUGGCGAUGCUUUAUCUUUGUCUAUGUAAAUGAUAGAUGAUAAAUGAGGGAUGAUGGAUGAUGGAGGAGGGAUGGUAGAUGACAGAGGAGGGACGGUAGAUGACAGAACCUUGGAAGAUAAAAAUGAUAUCAAUGAUUAUUGAGGCACUCUAUGUACCUAUGUACAAUACAUGCACUAGACGUGGGGUCGGGCAAUGAUCUGACCGGGGUACCGGGGUCUGUGAUCUGCCCCGUCCCGCACCACCAUCGACUUUGGCUCCCCAAUAACUUGGAACCUUAUUAUCCCUUAACUAUCCCUUAUCAUCCACAGCGCUUAUGUACCUGCCGUAGGUUAAACCUCAGCCAGGAGUAACAUUGAAAUUUCGAAGCUUCCCAGGUAGUACUUCGAGUCAUCCAAUAUCAACCUCAAUUAUUGGCUGAGAUUACUCACACCUUAGGUUAGAAACACUGAAUCU